ACGAAGACAUUGUUUUAUCAUUGGGGCCGUUUGUUAACACACGGAUUUCUAGCAUAGCGUUUUCUGGACUUCUGAUUCACUCGGUAUAAAUUUAAAGGUGUCAUGCCUAGAAUAGAGACUGGAACAAAAUUCCUUUUGCUCGCCAUUGUGGCUGUCUUUGGACUAUAUCAGAUUUACGUCUACGUUGGAAAAACCCAACCCAACAGGCCGCUCUCCUUUACGCCAAGCCACCUAGACCUGCACAAAAACCCCGUUGUACUCGAGAAGACCUAUGCCCGACACGCCGAGGAAAACCCUGAGACCUUGACCCAGAUUAAGCUCCUCAGAGCUCAAGUUCAGAGUUUUAAUGAAACAGUGCAGACGCUGUGGAAACGACUUAAUGUACAAGAGGCUAAAGCUCAAGAGGUCAAAGUUCAAGAGGUCAAGGUUAAGCCUAUCGUAAACGUGGUGCCGUCCUUUCCGAAUGAAUCCCUCCCAAGGCCACAAAACUGCGUCCAUUUAGCUAAAGCUCCACCUGGGGUCACCAUCUGCACUCACGACGCUAAAGAGGACGUGUGGAUAUCCGGUGCUAUCCAGGGUAACAGAUUGUGGGAGGAUGAUUUAAUGACGUACAUGAUGAAAGUCUUGAGGGAGCACCCCAACAUGCAGCUUGUGGACCUCGGCGCCAACGUGGGUGAGUACACACUGAUGGCCGCGUCCCUGGGCAGGCACGUUGUGGCCGUGGACAUCCUGGACAGCAACAUCCAGCUGCUCCAGCACUCGCUCAAGCUCAGCAACUUGUCGCACCUGGUUACCGUCGUCAAGAACGCCAUCUACAGGGACCGCAGCUUGAAGCUGGGCUUUAAAACUUACUCAGGAAAUAUAGGAGGGACAGCUGUUGUUGAGAACUCAACCGCCGGCGACAUUGUCCAGUCAAUUUGUCUGGACGACCUGAUUCCUCUGGUCAAGUCUAAGUCUGUCUACGUCAAGAUGGACAUCGAAACAUCGGAGCACCACGCACUGGCUUGUGGGAAGGAAUUUUUUUCUUCCCUUGACGUGAAAGUCAUACAGAUGGAGUGGAGCGGGAAGACGGAGCAAGCGGCCAAAGAAAUUGGAGAGUUCGCUGACAAGUUUGGCUACACGACACACGUGUUGAGUGCCGGGCAGCUCAGGCCGAAGGACAUUGAUGUCCAGUUUCGUGGCGAUUAUAUUUUUGUAAAAAAUUAAUUGGUGUUUUAAUAAUAUUGAGAGUUCGCUGACAAAUUUGGCUACACGACACACGUGUUGAGGGCUGGGCAACUCGGGCCGAAGGACAUUGAUGUUCUGUUUCGUGGCGAUUAUAUUUUUGUAAAAAAUUAAUUGGUGUUUUAAUAAUAUUGAUAACCCUGAACAGCUCAAGACACUUUUUAAAAAAUCAGAUGUGGAACUACUAGCCAAUAAUUAAAGUCCUUUGUAAAAAUUAAAAGAUGUAAUGAUAAAUUUUAAGAAGUUCAAACAUUAGUAAUAUUACCUAGGCCUUUUCAACGAAAGUCAUCAUUUGUUAACUUGGCUUAAUCAUAAAGUUGGAAAUACCUGAGGAACAAAAAGCUGCAUUUACUCUUCCCCACCGGACCCGAUUAGGGCGGCUCUAUAAUUUCGCUCCACAGUUCAGGCUUCGUUUUCACGAUAACGUCUCUAUGACUUUCCAGAUCACUAGUUGCUUUGUCGUAUGGCUCCAUUGUCUAAUAGACCAAUGGAUGAUUGCACAUUAAAAAUCCAAACACAAAGCCCGGCCUACGCUGAGAAGAGCCAGGUGUUGCCCAUGUACAAGGCUUUUCUCUUUACUUAGAUGAUGGGCCCAAACAGCCCAUUAUAAUUUUUUACAAUCGUUUCGCCAAACUAUUGUGGUACAGUUUAUACUAAGAAGAUGUUUUCUUGUUUUCAUUUUCUCUAACUCUGAAUUACAAUUGUGGGUAUAUAUUAAUAUAGCACAGUAUAAUAAUAAUAAUAAUUUCUUCUUCAUCUUCUUCGUUUUAAAUGUAAUGUUGGAUUGAAUUUCCCACAACUCAGUUAAACAAUAUUGCGUGUUAACGUGUAUUACACCAAAUAGGUUACAGGUUUAGCAGAUUACAAGUUUAGCAGGUCACAGAUAUACCAGGUUACAGGUAUAUCAGAAUACAGAUAUACCAGGUUACAGGUAUAUCAGAAUACAGA